UUGAUGUGCUUGUCUAUAUUCGAGUGUAUAUAGUAUAUCGGUAUGAUAGUUACAUUAUUUGAAUUACUUUAUUAUAUAUAAUAGUGGUUCUAUCUGUUACAAUAAAAAUGAAGCAUCUCUUAUUUGUCGUAUCACUUAUAUCGAUGAUAAUUAUGAACUUUAGCCUAAACCUGGAAACUGAAUAUGAAUGGAAAUAUGUUGAUUAUGUGUGGGACAGUCCGCAGCAGAACCAGGAAGCAAUAGAUUCUGGCAAUUAUAACCGAAGCUCAUGCAUUUUAUAUGACGUAGAAAAAGUACCAGAUGGUAGAUUAUUCGUUACUUCGGUAAGAGAGAAGGGUGUACCAGCUAGCGUGAUGACGGUAACUAAUGAAACAGGAGCUGGGGGUCCACUUUUGCGUCCAUAUCCUGAUUGGUCUUGGUAUAAAAAUGAUGCUGAUACGAAUAAAUGUAUAAACAGCAUCACUAAUGUUUAUAGUAUGUAUAUGAUGGACAAUUAUCUUUUUCUUCUGGAUUGUGGCCAAAUUGGAGAUAAGCAAGUCUGUGACGCACAACUAUUAGUCUUUGAUUUAUCAACUGAUAAACUAUUUAAACGUAUUAUUAUCCCAAAUGGUGUCGCUAAGAACAAAAAUGACACUGGAUUAUUGACGACACUUACUGUUUUUGUCCCGCCAUGUACCGAUAUAAAUGAUGCAAUUGUAUUAAUAUCUGAUACACUAGGCAAUGGUUUAGUAGAAUGUGAUAUGCGUACUUCAAACUGCUGUAGAAUCGAAUCUGAUUACAUGAAACCAACUGAUGUUAUAUGCAAUCUAGAAAGUCAAACUUGUAUCUUAAACGAUGGUAUUCUCGGCCAAACACUCAUUCAUGAAAAAUUAUAUUACGCUCCUUUAUCGGGGGACAAUAUAUAUAAAAUGAAUAUACCAAAGCAAUCAGAAUGCUCGUUAAAUAGCAGCGAGGUUGAUAACGUAACGGAGUUAGCAGGCAUGUUAUCAGGUCAAACUGGACCGAUUGCAUCUCAUGACCGUGUAGUAUUUUUUAGCAAUAUCCCGGAAACAUCCAUAUUAUGUGCGGACACUGUUAAAGAAAUUAACUCCAACAAUUCAGUGAUCAUCGCACAAGAUUCUGAAAAAUUGCAAUUUCCUAGUGGAAUGAAAAUUGCACGUAAUCCAUUCCAUCAAUUAAUAAUCUUGACAAAUAGAUAUCAGAAUGUAAUUACUGAUACAUUAGAUAUAAACGAGACAAAUUUCCGUAUUUUGUCUAUGAAUCUAACACAAAUACGAAACGAGACAAAUUGUUUUGUUUCUAGCGACAAAGAAGAAAAAUACAAGAAAUGUCCUCCAAGUAAAACUAGACCUCCAUAUGGACCUGGAAGUGGACCUCCAAAAGAUCAUAAUGGUAAACCUGAAGGACCUCCGAUAGAUCGUAAUGAUAAGCCUGAAGGGCCUCCAAAAGACCAUAAGGAUAAACCUAGAAAAGAACCUUCAAAACGGAGAAACUUAAUAAAUUUCCACAAUAUGGAUAAACUUAAAGAGAUGCUUUUAAAAGACGAUAUGGAUCAAUCUGGAAAUAAAUAUUCAAAAGAUCAUAAAGAUAAGCCUGAAGAUGGACCUCUAAAAGACAACAAUAAACCUGGAAGUGGACCUCCAAAAGAUCAUAAUGGUAAACCUGAAGGACCUCCGAAAGAUCGUAAUGGUAAACCUGAAGGGCCUCCAAAAGGUCAUAAGAGUAAUCCUGGGGAUGGUCCUCCAAAAGACCAUACGGAUAAACCUGGAGAUGAAACUCCAAAUAAUCAUACGGACAAUCCUGAAGAUGGGCCUCCAAAAAACAAUACGGAUCAACCUGGAGAUGAAUCUCCAAACAAUCAAACGAAUAAUCCUGAAGAUGGGGCUUCAAUAGACAAUACGGAUAAACCUGGAGAUGAAUUUUCAAAAAAUUAUAAUGAUUAUCUUGAAAGUUAUUAUAAUGGUAAACCUGAAGGACCUCCGAAAAAUCGCAAUGGUAAACCUGAAGGGCCUCCAAGGGGCCACAAGGGUAAUCCUAGAUAUGGUCCUCCAAAAGACCAUACGGAUAAACCUGGAGAUGAAUCUCCAAACAAUCAUACGGACAAUCCUGAAGAUGGGCCUCCAAAAAACAAUACGGAUCAACCUGGAGAUGAAUCUCCAAACGAUCAAACGAAUAAUCCUGAAGAUGGGGCUUCAAUAGACAAUACGGAUAAACCUGGAGAUAAAUUUUCAAAAAAUUAUAAUGAUUAUCUUAAAAGUUAUUAUAAUGGUAAACCUGAAGGACCUCCGAAAAAUCGUAAUGGUAAACCUGAAGGGCCUCCAAGGGGCCACAAGGGUAAUCCUAGAUAUGGUCCUCCAAAAGACCAUACGGAUAAACCUGGAGAUGAAUCUCCAAACAAUCAUACGGACAAUCCUGAAGAUGGGCCUCCAAAAAACAAUACGGAUCAACCUGGAGAUGAAUCUCCAAACGAUCAAACGAAUAAUCCUGAAGAUGGGGCUUCAAUAGACAAUACGGAUAAACCUGGAGAUGAAUUUUCAAAAAAUUAUAAUGAUUAUCUUGAAAGUUAUUAUAAUGGUAAACCUGAAGGACCUCCGAAAAAUCGUAAUGGUAAACCUGAAGGGCCUCCAAGGGGCCACAAGGGUAAUCCUAGAUAUGGUCCUCCAAAAGACCAUACGGAUAAACCUGGAGAUGAAUCUCCAAACGAUCAUACGGACAAUCCUGAAGAUGGGCCUCCAAAAAACAAUACGGAUCAACCUGGAGAUGAAUCUCCAAGCGAUCAAACGAAUAAUCCUGAAGAUGGGGCUUCAAUAGACAAUACGGAUAAACCUGGAGAUGAAUUUUCAAAAAAUUAUAAUGAUUAUCUUGAAAGUUAUUAUAAUGGUAAACCUGAAGGACCUCCGAAAAAUCGUAAUGGUAAACCUGAAGGGCCUCCAAGGGGCCACAAGGGUAAUCCUAGAUAUGGUCCUCCAAAAGACCAUACGGAUAAACCUGGAGAUGAAUCUCCAAACAAUCAUACGGACAAUCCUGAAGAUGGGCCUCCAAAAAACAAUACGGAUCAACCUGGAGAUGAAUCUCCAAACGAUCAAACGAAUAAUCCUGAAGAUGGGGCUUCAAUAGACAAUACGGAUAAACCUGGAGAUGAAUUUUCAAAAAAUUAUAAUGAUUAUCUUGAAAGUUAUUAUAAUGGUAAACCUGAAGGACCUCCGAAAAAUCGUAAUGGUAAACCUGAAGGGCCUCCAAGGGGCCACAAGGGUAAUCCUAGAUAUGGUCCUCCAAAAGACCAUACGGAUAAACCUGGAGAUGAAUCUCCAAACGAUCAUACGGACAAUCCUGAAGAUGGGCCUCCAAAAAACAAUACGGAUCAACCUGGAGAUGAAUCUCCAAGCGAUCAAACGAAUAAUCCUGAAGAUGGGGCUUCAAUAGACAAUACGGAUAAACCUGGAGAUGAAUUUUCAAAAAAUUAUAAUGAUUAUCUUGAAAGUUAUUAUAAUGGUAAACCUGAAGGACCUCCGAAAAAUCGUAAUGGUAAACCUGAAGGGCCUCCAAAGGGCCACAAGGGUAAUCCUAGAUAUGGUCCUCCAAAAGACCAUACGGAUAAACCUGGAGAUGAAUCUCCAAACAAUCAUACGGACAAUCCUAAAGAUGGGCCAAAAAACAAUACGGAUAAACCUGGAGAUGAAUCUCCAAACGAUCAUACGGACAAUCCUGAAGAUGGACCUCCAAAAAACAAUACGGAUAAACCUGGAGAUGAAUCUCCAAGCGAUCAAACGAAUAAUCCUGAAGAUGGGGCUUCAAUAGACAAUACGGAUAAACCUGGGGAUGAAUUUUUAAAAAAUUAUAAUGAUUAUCUUGAAAAUGAAUUUAUAAAAGCCUACUCGCAUUUUAAACUAAACUUUCACAACAUUCAGUAAAGAAAAAAAAAUUAUUCUUCUCAAAUAUGUCAUUUAUUAAAUGAAAUUAUCACAUACAAAAGAAAACUAUAUUUCUAUGUUUUCAAUCAAUAAGCAAUAAUAAUAAAAUAUGUAUGUAAAAAAAAAAUAAAA